ACCGGCCACAGAGGGCCCGUUAAUUUUUUUUUUUUUACAGUCAUUGAACUCUGAUGACACUCACUAGAAAAGCUUCACCCGUCUCAUACGAGAGACUCCUCAGGUUUUUGACACUUCGAUCUUCAAGUCCCUGUGACCUCUGAUCUUCACCAAAACAAAUCCUUGACAAGAUGGAACCCUUGACCUUUCAUACCAGCGUUGUCCUAGUUUCUCACGAGGGUCCAGACAAGUAGUGGCACUCACACUUUAGCCCGCCUCUUCCCAAGAGACACCCUUCUCUGACAUCUGUGAGUCCUGUCUCACCCAGACCCACCGCCGCCCUCGCUUGCUUCUAGCUCAUUUUUGGACCGCGCUGCUCCCAAGCUCGCUGCGCCCUCUAGCUUUCCUCCUCAUAGCACGAGGACUGUCCCUUAACUGCGCCUGAUAGUCGAUCGCCACAGCGCGGCUACCGGAGGAGAGCGGGAUAGACUCUUUCCAGUCUACAGACUCUAGUGAUCUCCGGGUCUGUUGCCCCCACCCGUGUCGCCCAGCCAGGUUCAAGGUUGUAUUUCGGCAUUAGCACAGCCAGUCAGCCAGAUCCUGGGAAUAGCAGGUGGAGAGGUCCUUCGCUGUACUUGGGAGCGUGAUGAUGACGUUCGUAGUGUGUUCCGUACAACUCGAAGCUUACUGCUCGGACUGUUCUCUUUGCCGUACAAGCCUAUACUCACUGCGCAGGCGUUUUGGUUGCUGGUCGUGGUAGGGCACCACCCGCUAAGCUUUCUGCGCACGCGCUCCGACUACAUUGUUCCAGUGCCCAAACAGCCUUAGCUAGGAAGAGAGUGCGUUCCGAGUGCUGAGUGCUGCCAAGAACUUGUCUCUCCGCAGCGGCGUUCCAAGACACACCCGGUCUUGGAAGGAAUGACGUCAAGAUAGGGCCACCCGAAGGCGUCCGAACGUCUCUGAAUCCUGACGCUCCGACCCCUUCAGCCUCCAUCAGCUCGUCUUAAGGGGCGGGGCUCCCUCUGUUCUCCCGGCGCGUCUACUCUUUGCUCGCAAUGCCUCUGCCGCAGGGUGACGUGACUGCCUUAUUCCUGGGGCCUCCGGGCUCGGGAAAGUCCGCGCUGAUCUCCGCGUUAUGUGGCAAGAAUGUGGAAACGGUAGAGAUUCCUGAAGGACGACCGGAUUCUGGAGUCCCCGUUCUGAGAGCUGCGGCCCCAGGCCUCUUCCUAGGCGAGCUGAGCUGCCCACCCGCAGCUCCAGGACCCUGGGCGGCGGAGGCCAACUUGCUGGUAUUGGUUCUACCAGGAUCUGAGGGGACUGAGGAGCUCUUGACCCCAGCUCUGGGAGAGGCAGCGCGGGCCGCCCUGGCCCGAGGGACCCCGCUGCUAGCUGUACGGAAUCUCCGUCCUGGAGAUUCCCAGAAUGAAGCUCAGGCCCGGGAUCAAACUGCGGCCAUGCUGAACAGUGCUGGGUUAGGAGCUGCUCCUCUCUUUGUGCUACCGGCCGAUUGCAGCAGCAGUGACCGCUGCGAAGAGCUGGAGCGCCUGCAGGUGGUGCUGCGGACCCAGGCGGAGGCGCUGCAGAGGCUCCUGCCACCUGCUCAGGAUGGCUUCGAGGUGCUGGGCGCAGCAGAGCUGGAAGCUGUGCGCGAGGCCUUCGAGACCGGUGGCCUAGAGGCGGCACUGUCGUGGGUGCGCGCUGGCCUUGAGCGCCUGGGCAGCGCGCGACUGGAUCUGGCGGUGGCCGGCGCUGCCAAUGUAGGACUUGUGCUGGACAUGCUACUGGGCCUGGAUCCUGGCGACCCAGGUGCUGCGCCUGCCUCGGAGCCCACUGGACCCACCCCUUAUCCGGCUCCAGAGCGCCCCAACGUGGUGCUCUGGGCAGUUCCCUUGGGCCCCACGGCCACAUCCCCUCCCGCCACCCCUCACCCGACCCACUAUGAUGCCCUGAUCCUCGUCACCCCUGGGGCUCCCACCGAAGAGAACUGGGCCCAGGUCCGCUCGUUGGUGUCCCUAGAUGCUCCACUCGUCGGUGUGCGCACGGACGGCCAGGGCGAGGAUCCACCCGAGGCUCUGGAAGAAGAAAAACCUGAGAAGCCCGAGAAUGCAAGCGGCGGGAAGGCAGGGGAUGCAGGCAGAGAAGGAAAAGAAAACCCUGGCUCCGGGGACUCAGGGCCCAAGGCUGCUCGGAGCCCGGAAGAUGAGCCGUGGGAGGUGCUGGAGGAAGUGCCUCCGCCGGUGUUCCCUCUGCGCCUAGGUGGUCUGCCGGGGCUGGGAACCUGGCUGCAGCGUGCAUUGCCUGCGGCUCAGUCCGGGGCGCUUCUGCUGGCGCUGCCACCCUCAAGUCCCCAGGCGGCGCGGAGGAAGGCGGCGGCGCUGCGGGCAGGAGCGUGGAGGCCAGCCUUGCUGGCCAGCCUGGCGGCGGCGGCCGCUCCAGUACCAGGAUUGGGCUGGGCUUGCGACGUGGCGCUUCUCCGGGGACAGCUGGCUGAGUGGCGGCGCUCGCUGGGCCUCGAACCGGCGGCAGUGGCACGCCGUGAGCGCGCCCUGGGCUUGGCUCCUGGAGUGCUGGCCGGACGCACGCGCUUCCCGGGCCCAGUGACACGCGCUGAGGUGGAGGCCAGACUGGGGUCCUGGGCCGGCGAGGGCACAGCGGGAGGCGCGGCGCUGGGCGCACUCUCCUUCCUAUGGCCCGCAGGUGGCGCAGCAGCGACAGGUGGGCUGGGUUACCGUGCUGCUCACGGUGUACUGCUGCAGGCCCUGGAUGAGAUGCUGGCUGAUGCUGAGGCGGUGCUGGGACCCCCAGAGCCCAACCAGUGAGGAAUGUGGUAGGGGCUGGGGUGCCUGGUGACUUGGUUUCUGGCCCCACAGCCUCUGAGAUUGAGGGGUGGUACUCAGAUCCGGGGACUUGAAGGAGACUGACUUCUCGUUGAAAUCUGCGAUGUGCAGUCACCUGAUUUCCUGGGUUAUAAAUGGGAGUAGGGUCUGAGCGCCAUUAGUUUGCCUUUUCAGACGCUAAUGCAGUGAAGGGAGUUGGGGGCCUGGGCUCCUAGAAAUGGGAGCCUCUUGGCCUCCAGCUGGCACCUGGGCCUAGAUAUUUAAGCCUAGAUUACUGCCUGUGAGUGGACCUAUGGCUAUGGGCCUGGUACUAUAGGGAGUUAGAACCCUUGAAGGGCUGGGUCCCAAUAGGAAACAAGAUGUGUAAGUUGCCCCGGAAAGAACAGGUUUUUGGGACCUUCAUUUCAGGAGCCAUGAGAGUCUUAAAUGCUGGUGCUUAAGAAGUGGGACUCGGUUGUCAAUUCCUGUGUGGUAGGAAACCCUGUAGAGACGCCCUGGUCUCAUGGAGAAUGGAGGUUCGUCCGCCAUUUAAUCUCGGAGGCUUUGGUGUAGAGAACAUUGUCUCACAAAAUUGAAGGGAAGGAACCAGAGGUCUAGGCAUGGUGGUCUCCUGAUGGCCAGAUUCUGGGAAUGGGGUCUUUUCGUUAUGGAAGAGUAGAGAGCCACACUUGAGAAAUGCCUCCCCGUGCUUUACUGGGAAGGGGUGUGACUACCCCCACUUUAGAGGUGCUGGGUGAUCCAGGGUCUCUGGCAUGUGUGUUCCUGUUCCACUUUACUCUAUCCCUGGUUUCCUCUGUCAUAAGGAGUGCUUCGCUCUUGCUGUUUCGGAAAGGCGAGGAGGGGAUGUCCUGCUGCAGCAGUCUAGACUUCUCUGGGAAGGUGCCAGGAGUGAGGCAGGAACCACAGUGCUGCCAGCCUUGUGUAGGUGGGAAGUGCCACCGUAUGGUUCUUCAGUGUCAAAACAGAAAGGGAGGACUGGGUAGAUGGGACAGCCAGGCUCAGAGAUGCAGGCCAGAGGCUCAUCGACACAGCAAGGCACUGCGUGACCUGGCCCCUGCCUCUUCUCAUUCCCUGCCCAUCUCCAGCAAGCCUGGUUUGUCUUUCUGAUGGACUUGUGAUUUUCUGUGGAAUGCUCUGCCUCCCCAUCUUUUUUUGAGAUUGGGUCCUUAUCUAUCAGAUCUCCCUGAAAUGGCUCCUUUAGAAGCUUUCUGAUCACCCCAAGUAGCUUACACCGACCCUGGCCAUGUGAUCAUUCCUGUGUCAAUAAUGGCUUUAUUUAUUUGUUCAUUCUUUCAUUCACCUGGUUGUUGGCUCUUGCCCUGUGCCUGUCCUUUUCUUGGGUGUACCCUAGCUCCCAGAGCAGUGCCUGACACACGGUAGGUGCCUAGUGUUUUUAGUAUUUUAGUUUAUUGAUCAUUGGCAUGUGGCCUGGAAUUCAGGUGGUCAAUAUCUUGUUACAAAAAGGGAGACAAGCUAGGGAGAAGCAAGCAUCUAGUGGGAGAGUAAACAGGGAUAGGCACGGCUUGAUUAUUGUCAUCACUUGAAUGAGUGUCGUAUUAUCUGCCAAAUGAAAGCAUUAGAACCAUGAGAGCUUCUGAGGGCUCCGUAGUCGUGUGCCACCCCCCUCUAACCUUGAACUCUCACCACUGACACGAUUUGUCCCCACACAAGUCGAGGGGGCACCUGAUAUGGAGGCACAUGCAUGCAACCCCAGCACUUGGUGGAGAUAGGAGAACUAGAGGUUUAAUGCCAUCUUCAGCGACAAUGGAGAGCCGCAGGCCCAUCUGAGCUACGGGUCCCAUCUCACUACUAGUCUAGACUGACCUUGAACUCAGUGUGGUUUGGCCCCUGCACAGCCCUGAGCCCCAGCACCUGGCUCCAUUUUAAAGCUCUUAUUGAGAUACCUGGCAUUCUUCUCACUGAGAGCCUACGUUGUCCCUUACACCUGAGCACACCUCAGCUCACAUGACACACCUGAUUGGAAAUACUUGAAUUCAUAGGUGGAGAACCCAAUUCACAUACCCACGCUGCCUCAGUUAGGUUUCAUAGGUUCCCCCGAAGCUGGGGUUUGAAUCCAGUGCCUCACAUAUUCAAGGCAAACACUUUAUUCUGGAACUCAGUUCCUAGCCCUUCAUGGGGGGGUGGGGGCUCUGGACAGGGACUCUAACACUGCCACGCCCUCAGCUCCUCGCUAUGGACUCUAGGCAGGGGCUCUACCACUAAGCUGCACCCUCAGCUUGCUUUUUAUCUUUUGAUUUUGAGACAAGGUCUCACUCAGUUUCCUGGACUGACCUUGAAUUUGGGAAUUUCCUCUCUCAGCCUCCUGAGUAACUGAAAUCUCAGGCCUGCACCACCUCCUGGCUUCAUAGUUUUUCCAAACCUGUGAUGUGUCAAUGAAUCAAAUACAAAUAAAAUUUGAGAUUGCCUUUUCUCAGUGGCAUUAGUCACUUGUGAUUAGUGGCCACAGUGUGUGACAAUACAGAUAUGAAGUGGCUGUAGGAUUACAGGAGGUCUAUGCACAAAUCCAGGGGCAGAGAGGCCUACCUAGUUGGGAUGAGAGGAUAUCGGGCAAGUCACCAGCAAAUGGCAUCUAGCAAGCUGUGUUGGUUGCUUUCUUUUUGUGUGACAACAUACCCAAGGAAAGCAACUUAUGAGAGAAAUUACACUGUAUUUAGCUCAGAGUCUAUGGAUACAGGCCACUGUGCCGGGAGUCUGUCAGCAGGAGGGCGGAGCAGGUGGUCACAUUGCAGCCCCCUUUGGGAAGCAGAGAGAGAAAUUCUGGUAUUCAGUUUGAUUUCUCCUCUUACUUUACCCCAGGACCACAGUGUAUCGAAUGCUUCCUCAAACAGUAUGUGGUUUCACCUCAGCCUAGAUACUCCUCCAUAGCCGCAUCCGGACAGUGACUGUAGGUUAUAAGUCAACAGUGUUAGCUACCACUGCAGGUAGCUGAGAAUUUGCUGUGUAUACGCGUGUGUGCGUCCAAGCAUGCCCGCUGGCCUGUGGGCGCUCUUGAACACAUACCCAGCUCCCGUGUACUGCUGCUGCUCCUGAAAGACCUUGAACACAGAUGUUAGUCUCUAUUGCCUGGGCCUACUUCCCUGAGAACAGUAAGGCAGCCAACCUGGAACCUUCUGUGAUUCCGAUGAAGUACCCUGCUCUCGCCAGCACUCUGCUCCUUUGUUUUAUUUAUUUUUUUGGUAUUUUGACAUGGUGUAGGCUUGCCUUGAACUCAGCACGUGGCUGGCAAUGGCCUUAGAAUCCUGGUCCUCUGGGUGGUGGUGGCGCACGCCUUUAAUCCCAGCACUUGGGAGGCAGAGGCAGGCGGAUCUCUGUGAGUAUCCUGGUCCUCCAGCUCUGACCGUGCCUCACCUUGGUGCCUCCUGGCAUCCCUGCUCUGGGCUUUGCUGCUGCUCCUUCUCUCCUCCAGGCAGCGGGCGCAUGCUGGCCACAUCAGAAGAAAGCAGCAUGUGUAGCCCUUGCGUGUGCUGGUCAACGCUGUUGUGUUGUGGCCUGUGGGUGGUUUGUCGGUUUGUUGUUUUUGUUACUUGAGGGUCCAGGCUGUCUCAGACGCUUGAGCCCAAUUGUCAUCAUGUCCCUCUCCCAUCCUGGGUUGCAGGCAGGAAUGGCCGCCUUCUAAACUAGGUCUUCCCCCUCCGAGGUAGGAUGAUGUCUUACUCUAUAGCUGACUGGCUUCAAACUUGUGCAGCAGCCUCUGAAGUUCUGGGGUUACAGAGGUAAGCGACUACAUAUGGUGCCUAACUCUUUGGUUAGGAUUUUGGGCUUUUUUAGGGUAUAAGUAAAGCUGAGAGUGAGCUGCCUGUCUCAAAAGAAAAGACUCCUCUUCCUUGUGGACAAGCCAGUGGUGAUCCCAUGAGGCUCCUGGGGUCUGGAAGAUCCUGAACGCAGGGAUUCUGGGAAAUAUCAGCCCUCCAGGCUGGAAUUGCAAUGGUACAGUGAACCUUGGCUUUGGCCCUGUCAGAAGAGCAGGUUCCCAAAAUCGGUGAGCAGAUGAGAUGCCCUCCUCAGCUUAGGGGAGAGUGAGUCCUACACUUCUGGCUCAUGAAGGAACUGUUUAUUGGAAUGGGGGACAAAUCCAGCAGUCUGGUCAACCUGUGGUGUGUUUUGGAAAAACAAAUAAAAGAGUAGAAAUCC